AUGCCGAGCGCUCGGUCCCGGCGGCUGCUCCAGCUGCUGCUCUGGUUGUGGGCGCCGCCGCUGCUUCGGAGAGCGGAAACAGCAUCUGAGGGGCAGACGACGGGGGAGCUGUACCAGCGCUGGGAACGGUACCGCAGGGAGUGCCAGGAGACAUUGGAGGCCGCGGCGCCCCCUUUAGGUCUCGCCUGUAACGGGUCUUUCGAUAUGUACGCCUGCUGGGACUACGCUGCACCCAACGCCACUGCCCGCGCCUCCUGCCCUUGGUACCUGCCCUGGCACCAGCACGUGGCCACGGGUUUUGUUCUCCGCCAGUGUGGCAGUGAUGGCCAGUGGGGACAUUGGAGGGACCAUUCCCAGUGUGAGAAUCCAGAGAGGAAUGGGGCCUUCCAGGACCAAAGGCUGAUCUUGGAGAGGCUGCAGGUCGUGUACACUGUCGGUUACUCCCUGUCCCUCACCACGCUGCUGUUGGCCCUGUUCCUCCUGAGUGUCUUCAGGAGGCUGCGCUGCACUCGCAACUACAUCCACAUCAACCUGUUUACCUCGUUCAUGCUGCGGGCCGCAGCCAUCCUCACCCGAGACCGUCUGCUGCCCCCACCGGGUCCCUAUCCUGGGGACCAGGCCCCGACUGUCUGGAGCCAGGCCCUAGCGGCUUGCCGGACGGCCCAGGUCGUGACCCAGUACUGCGUGGGCGCUAACUACACGUGGCUGCUGGUGGAAGGGGUCUAUCUGCACAGCCUCCUGGUGCUCGUAGGAGGCUCCGAGGGGGACCACUUUCGCUGUUACCUGCUCCUCGGCUGGGGGGCCCCCGCGCUUUUCGUCAUUCCCUGGGUGAUCGUCAGGUACCUGUACGAGAACACGCAGUGCUGGGAGCGGAACGAUAUCAAAGCCAUCUGGUGGAUCAUCCGCACCCCAAUCCUCGUGACCAUCUUGAUUAAUUUCCUUAUCUUCAUCCGCAUUCUUGGCAUCCUCGUGUCCAAGCUGAGAACCCGGCAGAUGCGUUGCCCGGACUACCGACUGAGGCUGGCGCGCUCCACGCUGACGCUGGUGCCCCUGCUGGGAGUCCACGAGGUGGUGUUUGCGCCGGUGACGGAGGAACAGGCCCGGGGCACCCUGCGCUUCGCCAAGCUGGGCUUUGAGAUCUUCCUCAGUUCCUUCCAGGGUUUCCUGGUCAGCGUCCUGUACUGUUUCAUCAACAAGGAGGUGCAGUCGGAGGUCCGCCGAGGCUGGCGUCGCUGCCGCCUGCGCCGCAGCGUGGGCGAGGAGCAGCGCCGCCCGCCGGAGCAAGUCUCUCGGACCCAGUCCAAGGAUCCUGGUCCUGGCGAAGUCCCCACCGGCCGUGCCCUGUCCUUGGGGACCCUCCCAGGGCCUGGGGAUGAGGGCAGUAGGGUCUUAGAAAGCUAUUGCUAGGCAGUGGGAUGCCUGGGUCCAUUCAGUUAGUGUGUAUUUAUUGAAUGCCUACUGAGUG